AUGAGAGGCGACCAUAGGCAACAUGAAUUAAACCGAGUGGAUAUGAGCAAACCUAGGUCAAAUUGGAGAGAGAAAUAUAGAGAAAAAGAAAAGCUGUUGCAGCAGCACUCCCCCAAGUCCCGUGUCGUUUCUUGUCUCUCCAUUUUCCAAGCUUUCAGAGCUUUCACAUUUUCCUUCCAUGAACACAAAUUACUGUUAAUCCACCCACAACACUCAAAAUGGGCUGCUUACACUCCAAAACCACUCACCUCCACUUCUCCCCUGACGACCCAUCUUCUCUACCCGACACUCACAAACCGACCCAGCUAUGGAGAUCAAGCUGAGCUAGAGGCCCAAGCCCCUAUGUUCAAAGAGUACAGUCUAGACGAGCUACGAAAGGCCACCAAUGGGUUCAGCUCCGAAUGCAUUGUUUCCGAGAGUGGUGAAAAAGCUCCCAAUGUCGUUUACAGAGGAAAACUUGAUAACAAUCGCCUUGUCGCUGUUAAACGCUUCUCCAAGCAGUCUUGGCCCGACGCCCAACAGUUUGUGGUUGAGGCUGUGGGAGUGGGGAAGUUGAGGCACAAGAGAUUAGUGAAUCUGGUUGGUUGCUGUGCUGAGGGAGAUGAACGGCUCUUGGUGGCUGAGUAUAUGCCCAAUGAUACUCUUUCCAAGCAUCUCUUUCAUUGGGACAAGAAGCCAUUGCCAUGGGAAAUGCGUGUUAGAGUUGCAUACUAUAUUGCACAGGCACUGGAUCAUUGUAAUAUCGAGAACCGGAAGAUCUAUCAUGAUUUAAAUGCAUACAGAGUUCUUUUUGAUGAGGAUGGUGACCCUCGUUUGUCUACCUUUGGCCUUAUGAAAAAUAGUCGAGAUGGAAAAGCUACAGGUCAUUCCAGAGAGUGUAAUCUACAGUUAUGGAACUGUCCUGUUGGACCUUUUGAGUGGCAAGCAUAUUCCUCCAAGCCAUGCACUGGACUUGAUAAGGGAAAAGAAUGUAUUGUUGUUGAUGGAUUCAUCAUUGGAAGGGCAGCGGCAUCUCAUGUUCUAAUGGGCCUUCCUAGAAAUACUGUUGUGGUUCCAACCAUGCUUUCUCCUCUUGGAAAGGCUUGUGCAAGGAUGGAUCUUACUGCUGUGCAUGAUAUUUUGCUAAAAACAGGCUAUAAAGAUGAAGAAGGUGCAGAAAAUGAGCUCUCAUUCCAAGAAUGGACACAACAAGUCCAAGAUAUGUUGAACACGAAGAAAUUUGGGGAUAUUGCAUUUAGGGACAAGGAUUUCAAGAAUGCAAUUGAGUAUUAUUCCAAGUUAGUCGCUAUGAUGUCCGGCCCUUCAGCAACUGUCUUUGCGAGAAGAGCCUUCUCCUACUUGAUGAACGGCCAAGCAGAACUUGCUUUAAGAGAUGCAAUGCAGGCACAGGUGUGUAUACCAGAGUGGCCAACUGCAUUCUACUUGCAAGCUCUGGCACUCUCAAAGCUUGGAAUGGAGACUGAUGCUCGGGACAUGCUUAAUGAUGGAGCAGCCUUUGAAGCAAAGCGGCACAACACAUGGCGUAGCUAA